CGGGCGGCCGAUUUUGGUUAAAAUAUUCAAAAUGGCGGACGGAGGAGCAGCGAGUCAAGAUGAGAGUUCGGCGGCGGCGGUGGCGGCGGCGGCAGACUCAAGAAUGAACAAUCCGUCAGAAACCAGUAAACCACCAAUGGAGACUGGGGAUGGGAACACAGGCACACAGACAAAUGGCUUGGACUUUCAGAAGCAGCCUGUGCCCGUUGGAGGGGCAAUCUCUACAGCCCAGGCUCAGGCCUUCCUUGGACACCUUCAUCAGGUCCAGCUCGCUGGAACAAGUUUACAGGCUGCUGCUCAGUCCUUAAAUGUACAGUCUAAAUCUAAUGAAGAAUCUGGGGACACCCAGCAGCCAAGCCAGCCUUCCCAGCAGCCUUCAGUGCAGGCGGCCAUACCCCAGACCCAGCUCAUGCUGGCCGGAGGACAGAUCACCGGGCUCACGUUGACGCCAGCCCAGCAGCAAUUAUUAUUACAACAGGCACAGGCACAGUUGCUGGCGGCUGCAGUGCAGCAUUCAGCCAGUCAGCAGCACAGCGCUGCAGGUGCCACCAUCUCGGCCUCCGCUGCGACGCCGAUGACGCAGAUUCCUCUUUCUCAGCCAAUACAGAUUGCACAGGAUUUGCAGCACCUGCAGCAGCUCCAACAGCAGAAUCUCAACCUGCAACAGUUUGUGUUGGUGCAUCCAACAACCAACUUGCAGCCAGCACAGUUUAUCAUCUCACAAACGCCGCAGGGGCAGCAGGGUCUCCUGCAAGCGCAGAAUCUCUUAACGCAACUACCUCAGCAAAGCCAAGCCAACCUCCUGCAGUCUCAGCCAAGCAUCACCCUCACCUCACAGCCAGCAACCCCAACACGCACAAUAGCAGCAACCCCCAUUCAGCCACUUCCACAGAGCCAAUCAACACCAAAGCGAAUUGAGACUCCCAGCUUGGAGGAGCCCAGUGACCUUGAGGAGCUUGAGCAGUUUGCCAAGACUUUCAAACAAAGACGGAUCAAACUUGGAUUCACUCAGGGUGAUGUUGGGCUCGCUAUGGGCAAACUCUAUGGAAAUGACUUCAGCCAAACUACCAUCUCCCGCUUUGAAGCCUUGAACCUCAGCUUUAAAAACAUGUGCAAGUUAAAGCCACUUCUGGAAAAGUGGCUCAAUGAUGCAGAAAAUCUCUCAUCUGAUUCAGCUCUCUCCAGCCCAAGUGCCCUGAAUUCCCCGGGGCUGGAUGAGGGCUUGAACCGUAGGAGGAAGAAACGCACCAGCAUAGAGACCAACAUACGUGUGGCCUUAGAGAAGAGUUUUCUGGAGAACCAAAAGCCUACCUCGGAGGAGAUCACCCUGAUAGCUGACCAGCUGAACAUGGAGAAGGAGGUGAUCCGCGUUUGGUUCUGUAACCGGCGCCAGAAGGAGAAAAGGAUCAAUCCACCCAGUAGUGGUGGAACCAGCAGCUCUCCCAUCAAAGCAAUUUUCCCUUGCCCAACCUCACUGGUGGCAACCACGCCAAGCCUUGUGACAAGCAGUGCAGCUACUACCCUGACUGUCAACCCUGUGCUCCCUCUAACUAGUGCUGCUGUAACUAGUCUGUCAGUCACAGGCACAACAGAAACCACCUCCAACAACACAGCAACCGUGAUCUCUACAGCACCUCCAGCUUCCUCAGCAGUGACUUCACCCUCUCUGAGUCCUUCCCCUUCUGCCUCAGCCUCCACUUCUGAGGCAUCCAGUGCCAGUGAGACCAGCACAACACAGACAACCUCUACUCCCUUGUCCUCCCCUCUUGGGACCAGCCAGGUGAUGGUGACGGCAUCAGGGUUGCAAACAGCGGCAGCAGCUGCACUACAAGGUGCUGCACAGUUGCCUGCAAAUGCAAGUCUCGCUGCCAUGGCUGCUGCAGCGGGACUAAACCCAGGCUUGAUGGCACCCUCACAGUUUGCAGCUGGAGGUGCCUUACUCAGUCUCAAUCCAGGGACGCUAGGUGGUGCUCUCAGCCCAGCUCUGAUGAGCAACAGUACACUGGCAACUAUUCAAGCUCUUGCAUCUGGUGGUCCUCUUCCAAUAACAUCACUGGAUGCAACUGGGAACUUGGUGUUUGCCAAUGCUGGAGGUACUCCUAACAUCGUUACUGCCCCGUUGUUCCUGAACCCUCAGAACCUUUCUCUGCUCACCAGCAACCCAGUUAGCUUGGUCUCUGCAGCUGCCGCUUCCGCAGGGGCCUCUGGACCAGUCGCCAGCCUUCAUGCCACCUCCACCUCAGCUGAGUCCAUCCAGAACUCUCUCUUCACAGUGGCCUCUGCCAGUGGGGCCACUUCCACCACCACUACUGCCUCCAAGGCACAGUGAGCCGGGCUGAGCUGUGCUACCACCAGCCUGUUUCACUCUGCAGUGGGAUUGGCUGCCAGCUAGGUUUAUAAACUGAAAAGUGUGAUCGGCUUCCUCUCGCCAUGUUACUGGGGACAAGGGAGAGACGGAAAAAUAUAAAAACAGGAAGGAUUUAAAGCUGGGACAGACAUUUGCCUAAUUUUAUAAUAAACACUGUCUUUUCAGGAUCGCUUCAUGGAUCAGAGAGCUUUCUAACCAAAAAUGUAAAAAAACAAAAAACAAAAAAACAAAAAAAAAAAAAGUGAAAGGACUACUUAUCAUUUCCAGCAGUCACAAUGACAAGUUAAGGUGGGUUAUCAAUUCAAACAUAGGAAGGGGAUUUCUUUAGUUCUUUUGGUAUAAAUAUCUUUUUUUUUUUUUUUUUUUUUUUUUUUUUUAAAUCAUCAUUUUAUAGGUCUGUUGUACAGGCCGUUAUGUCAUACAAGGUGUUUAUAAUCGUAUCAAUCGUGUUGGGGGUUCCUUUCUUAACUGGUACAAUUUAGGCAGGCCUGUAUUACUGGUGUAUCUCUAUUAUUAUUAUGGUUAUUAUUAUUAUUAUUAUUAUUUUAUAUAUGUGGUUUGGACGCAUUUGUCUUUGCUCCUGGAUCGUUUUCAGUGAGCUCCCACGCCAUGAGGACGGGGGAGAGAAAGAGGGAAACAUGGGGAGGCUUCCUGUCCUAAUCUCCUGGGAGCAUUCCUCACAGUUUCCUCAUCCUUGAACUUGUUUUACAGUGACUUAUACAGAGGUAUCGAGAGAGAGAGAUUAUUUUCACCACUUUGCAGGAAGCUCAAUGUAAAGGCAGCAAGUUGUGUGCAAACUUCCAGGAUAGUCUGUGCUUUAUGGUGAGGGAGGUAGAAAUAACUUCUAUACUACAGCUCUCCUUCACCCAACUACUUAGGCUAAAGGGCCAAAUUUUGCUCUGAGUUGCAUGAGCAGGAUUGGCACUUAGAGCCAAGACUAUUUCAGACACCUGUUUUGGUGGUUUUACUGUAUAGUUAGGAUUUUGCCCCUUUAAAAAAAAAAAAAAAAAAAUCCUAGAAAUGCAAAGUUACCUGAGGAUGCCAAUAUCACUAAUAUCUAAAGGCAUCCACAGUCCAAGCUUCCUACCAAAUGACUUGGCACAGGAUUUUGAAAAGUGAAACUGGCUUCUCUAAUCAAAGGAAUAUUCCUUUGCAUGUUUUUUGUUGUGUACAGGGAGCUGCACUGGAACAGUUUUCCACUGGCAAGUACUUCUAUCUACAGGGAUAGAUGUCAGGUCUAUUGGAACAGAAGUUGCUGCCAAUUUCAUGCCAACACAACCGUAAGAAAGCACUCUCGGCUUCCUUGUGCCCUUUCCGUUUUAAAUAGCUUGUAGGGUUUUUUUUCUGCACCACCCUGCUUGGUGCAUUGGAAAUAGGAGACAGUGACCAAUCAGCUGGAAUUGUCCAGCAUGAUGUGGGAAAUAGCACCAGAGUAUCUAGUCAACACUGGGACUUUGCACACAUCUUGGUGUUCUUGCGUGGUCUCUGAGGAGUGAUGUUGCUACCUUGAUCAAAAUGGCAAUAAGCAUCUCUGACUAGAGGCUCAGUGUUGGCUUGCUGACAUAGCUGUGUCUCUAGGGUUGUUUCCAAUCCACAUAACAAGGAGCAUCUGAGAACAGAGAGCUUAUGAGAAUGGAUGAGGAAGAAUAGUAGGUUUCCAGAGGUUAGUGCUGUAUAUUCUUUAAUAUACCAAUCGAGCUUCUGAACCAAAAGAUUUCUAAAGAGAAGACUGGAUCUCUGCAAUGCAGUUCACUUUGAACUUUCCAUUCCUGUUGGAUUUAAAGUUUCUGCCAUGUGUUUAAAACACAUUUACACUCAGGGAGAGUGUCAUGAGCACCCCCUCUGUGGUUGGUUUUGGUUUGGGGGGGGGAGUGUCACCAGGGAGUUUUAAGAUGGCAAGUUUAUGUAGUUAAGUUCGCUUUUGCUGAUCAUCAAGAGGGAUCUUGGAAUCUCGCACCACCUGAGAUCAAUAAGACAGCAACUUAAACCCAACAUACACUUUGGUCUGUGACCCAAGUGUGUGGGAUUUAUAUUCAAAUGGCAGAAACUCUUAUCACUUCUUCCCCUCACUCACGUUUUUCUUUGUUCAUGUCUUACUCUCUCUCCUUUCCUGUUUCACAGAUUAUUAAAAUAAUUAUCCAUAAAAUUUCAAAACUAGUGAACUGCAAGCGGGGAAACUAACAAAUGUCCGUCCACCAUUUGUAAUGUGUUCUUGAUUUUUUUGUUUGUUUUUUAAAACUAAGCUUGAACCAAAGUCAAUUUCUAGCAAGCUGCUGUACUAAUGGACUAGUUUGUAUAAGUGCAGUUCAGACGCAGAGAGGCGAUAGAUGCUACUGACAAUUUCUUUUUCAUUUGUCUUGUUUUUAUUUAUAUAAAAGUUGCUGCUUGGUUUUAAUUUUUUUUGGGGGGGGACUGAUAAUUUGUAUAUCCUUGGGGCAGACUCUUAACUUGGUUUUUUUUUAACUAGGUUUGUUUGUUUGUUUGUUUGUUUGUUUGUUU